AUAAAAUAGAAACUUCUGGAAGUUGCUUAACGAAAUCCCAUUGGACUUCAUCAUCAACACCCUGGAAUCUACAUUCUUUUCCCAAAUUUCCUCCAUAAAAUAUCUUCUUUUCCCUUUCAAUUAUUAUUCAAUUCUAAAAGUUCUCUUUUCAAUUUUCCUAAACUUGUUUGAACUUCCUUUGAUUUUCAUACAGUAACAUGGCGGAUACUCAUGCCCAAACCCGACAGCCUCGCCAACUUGUUUACGUAGUUUUCCAAAUUGGCAAUGGUGAAGCCGUCGGUGAUAAUAAACCUGGGCCAGUGCCAGCUUCCAAGGCUUCUAUAGAAGCAAUGCCAAGGAUAAAAGUGGAAGAGACUGGUAAAGAUUGUUGUAUUUGUUUGGAAGAAUUUGAAGUUGAUGAAGAAGGAAGGGAGAUGCCAUGUAAGCAUGUGUUUCAUUCAGGUUGUAUUGAGAAGUGGUUGGAGAUCCAUGGGACUUGCCCGAUUUGUCGAUUUUUGAUGCCAACUGAGACGGCUGAAAACGAAGGCGACGACAGUGAUGGUGGUCACCGAAGAUUGGAAGGUGGGGAAAUUAAUGGUUUGGAAUAUUUACAUUCGGCUUUAGCAUUUGCGAGCUUGGCUAAUAUGAUGGGUAUGGCGGAUUUGGGUUGGGGUUCCAAUCAACCUGGUUCAGGUUGAG